GUUGGCUGGUGGGCAUGCAUGCCGACUACCCGGCGAGCUGCUGUGUGCGGUACGCAACUCACACACUUGCUGCUGAGUCGAACAGUGCCGCUGACUCGUACAUGAAGAGUGGACGCGUUGGGAAGCGGCUGAGCGCAUUGCGCUACGAGAACUUUCAGGGACGUUUCCGUACUUCAUUCAGUAUAACAAAACCUUCCCUACGAACAGCUUCACGGAAGCAUGACAUCAUGCACAACAGUGACACCCGGGCUUUGUAAGAUGUCGCGUGUGACGGACAAAUAUUAUGUUUUCACCUCGCCUAUAGCGUGUGACAUUCUAAAUUCGAGAUCCAGUGCAGUGUGACGAAAACAAAACAUUCAGCACGAGAAUGUUGAGUGCUGUAAUUGUUACUUGGGUCAGCUUGGCGCUUGUAGCCGCCGUCGCUGCCCUGUCUUACGCUUACCUCUGGUCGCUGAACAACUACUGGAAGAGACUCGGAGUGCCGGCCACGCGCCCCGAGCUGUUCUUCGGCGACACCCGUCGUGUACUCUUCGCCACGGAGUCGUUCUCUGCCAUGCUACAGACGCUGUACAACCAGCUGGACGGCAAGCCUUUUGGGGGAUUUUACAUGAUGAUGACGCCGUGUAUUAUCCUGAGAGACGUCAGUCUCAUCAACCGAAUUCUCGUUACUGAUUUCUCGCAUUUCAGCGACAGACUAGGGAAUCCAUGGACGAAGACGACCGCUUUGGGACAGCAUAUGCUCAUCCUGACCGGUGUCUUGUGGGAGGAGAUGCGUCUGCGAACCAACCUGGUGUUCACCGUGGAGCACAUGCGGCGAGACUUCUUCCUGGUGAAGGAGUGUUGCACACGGCUGCAGGACUCGGUGAAGGCUCGCAUCAACGGGCAGCCCAGCCGCGAUUUGGAACUCAAGGACCUCCUCUCGUCGUUCACCACUGACGUUAUCGGGAUGUGUGCGUUUGGUAUCGAGUGUGGAGCUAUCGACGACCCGAAUUCACAGUUUCGACGCUUUGCCGAUAUGAUUUUCGAUAAAACCAGGAAGGGGUCGCUCCGCGGUAUGAUCUUACUCAUGCUGCCGCAAGUAUCCAUGCUCCUCGGUAGCAACUUCUUCUAUCCUCAUGUGAUGAAAUUCUUCAACAGAGUUUUCACCGAGACCAUCCACUACAGAAAGGGGAAAGGAAUUAUCAGAGACGACUUGAUGCACAUGCUGAUGGAAUUAAAAGAGAAGGGACUCAAGUCAGGAAAAAAUGGAGAAAGUAUAGAAAUCACCGACAGCUUCCUGGCAGCGCAGGUGCUGAUUGCGUUCGCACUUGCCUUCGACAUGAUGUCAUGGGCUAUGUGCUUCUGCUUGCACGAGCUAUCCCUCAAACCAGACCUGCAGACACGAGCCCGCAUGGAGAUUGACGCUGCCCUGCGGAGGCACUGCGGAGAGAUAAGCUACGAAGCUCUGCAAGAGAUGGCCUAUCUGGACAUGGUAGUGGCAGAAUCGUUGCGGAUGUACCCGCCGAUGGGGCAGCUCCUGCGGCAGUGUACCAAGCCGUACCGCGUACCUGGCAGCGACGUGGUGCUCGCGGAGGGCACCCUGGUGUUCGUGCCGGUGCUGGCGCUCCACAGGGACCACCGCCUCUUCCCGGAGCCGCUGCGCUUCAACCCGGACCGCUUCGCCGCUGGCGAGCUCCAGGGGUCCCCACUGGCCACCACCUACCUGCCUUUCGGCGCGGGACCGCGCAACUGCCCCGGCGACGCGCUGGCGCUGGUGCAGAUGAAGGCCGGCCUGGCGGCGCUGCUGUCGCGCUACGAGCUGCGCCAGUGUCCGCGCUCCUCCGGCAGCCCGGCCGCUCUGGAGCAGCACGGCUUCUUCUGCACGCCGGCUGGGGGGCUGUGGAUCCGCGUCUCGCCGAGGCCCUGGCUACCUGUCCUCUAGCAGGAACGAGCGUUCAUCGACACCUGGGACAUUUGUGGAGCAAACCAAUUUUUUUCUUACACCCGUGGCAAGGCUGAGCAUCUGUGACAUACGUAAACCGAAGUUACGUAUUCCCUAAACACAGAAACGUGCCAGCCAAUGAAAGAGCUUCCCCUUGAGAUUCUUCCUCAACACAUCUGCUAGCGGACUGUGGACCAGCGCUGUGUCCAUCGCCUUCCAAUCUUUCCUAUAG